AUGAACAUCCUCGAAUGGGCCUUCGGGAAGCGCGUUACACCAGCAGAAAGACUGCGCAAGAACCAACGUCUCCUCGACAAGGCUAUUAGAGAGCUCGACCAGCAGCGCGUCAAGUUGGAGAAGCAAGAGAAGACGCUCGUGACCCAGAUCCGCCAGAGCGCUCAAAAGGGAAAUUUAAAUGCCUCCAAAAUCAUGGCCAAAGACCUGGUCCGCACUAGGAGAUACAUUGAGAAGUUCUACGGUAUGAAGAGCCAACUGCAACAGAUAUCUCUCCGUCUUCAGACCCAUCGGACCAACGAACAAAUGAUGCAGGCAAUGAAGGGCGCAACGAUGGCCUUGGGAAGCAUGAAUCGCACCAUGAAUCUGCCCUCCCUCCAGCGCAUUGCCAUGGAGUUUGAGCGCGAGAACGAUAUCAUGGAGCAGCGACAAGAGAUGAUGGACGACGCCGUUGAUGACGCCAUGGAUACCGGGCUUGAGGAGGAAGGAGACGAAGUCUUGGAGCAGGUCUUGGAAGAAAUCGGCGUAGAUCUAAGUCAAUCGUUCGGUGAGACUCCGUCGGGACUACAGUCCAACCAGGUCCCCGAGGGUAAAGUUGCGCAAGCCGUUGGUGGAGGUGGUGCAGAUCCCGGCGACGACGAUUUGCAAGCACGGCUGGAUAGUUUAAGACGGUGA